AUGGCGUUCAACCGGGGAAAGGAGUCAGCAUAUGCAGAAGCUUUGGAGUUCUGUCGUCAAGGCUUGGGUUACAUGGGAGACGAGAUUCUACUGAACGUGAAAUCUGAAAUGGAACAAACCGUGAAACACAUCAAAUCAGAAGUCGCCGAGAUCGUGGAGAAUCACAACGAAUCCUUGGCCGCCAAGCUGGAUUCGCUUUCAGAGAAGCUUCAAGAAUCCUUGGCAUCCAAGGAAUCCAACCGAUCCUUAUCCCCAGUCCGUUCACGUGAACAAGGCGAAGCCAAUCGACGACUCGUCUUGCGGAGGGAAGAGCAGAUACUGCAGAUUAAUGAUCAACUCACCAAGAUGGCAGAGCAAUUGAACAAAGUUCAUCAAAAAAGCGACAUGGAUCUCUGCAUGCAAAGUCUUGCAGGAAAAAUCGAUUUACAAAAAAUGUUAGAUCUUCAAAGUAUGCAUUUGCUGCAGAAAAUCCGUGAGCUUCAAACCAUUGGAGCUCCUGAUAUCUCUUUAGCUAUUCAAGAACUGGAAGCCUUGAAAGCUCCGACCUUUGAUUUCUCUCAGAUCACAACAGAGAUUCGAAAGUCCAUGGUGCUCUUUGAGGAGGAUUUCCGCAUGCUGAUGAAUGAGAUUGUGAAAGUGCAAAGACAUUUGGAGAUUGAUUAUUUACCAAUGCAGACAGUAGGUGCUGUCGAUCGCGUGUCUCUACAACAGGUACCGUUACCAGCACAAGUCGCAUUUUUGCCUCUGCCAGAGCUCGUGCCAGAGGAAACUGGUGAAGGGGAAACUGAACCAAAGGAACCGGAGCCAAUCAGCUGUGAUGAAGUGAAAGAAACCGAGCAACCUGUGCAAACUCAAUCUUCAGAAUCAGAAGUUCACAUUGCUUCCCGAGUCAAAAAGAUGAAACGAGUUCGAGAGAUUUCAGCGCAGACUGAGAAUUACUGCCGUGAUGAACAUGUUCAAACAGAUGCCGACUUUUCACAAAACAAGCAUCAUCAUCAUCACCACAAAAAGAAACUCGCGCAAGCAAAAACCAAAGUGGCACAGCCGGUUUCUCAGAAAAAGCUCGGGCUGCAAGACAAAGAUGCAUUCAAGGAAAGAGCUCGGAAGGCUUUGCUGCGUAAGCAAUACAACGUCUUCGACUUUUACCAUACAGAAGGUAUUUGCCAACUUAUUGCUCGCCACUACAUCUUUGACAAUCUGACUGUAUCAAUUGUUGCACUGAACGCAAUCUGGAUUGCUAUUGACAUUGACUACAACAAGAGUGCGAUUUUGACAGAAGCCGACACCGUUUUCCAAGUGGUUGAGCACACAUUCUGCAGCUACUUCUGGAAAUCAUGA